AUGAACGGAUCCUCUCAGGCACGACUCUCGGCCAAGGAGAGACCAAGGCAACAAUCCGGGCCACGUUUUCCAGGGAGACUUUCCGCACAACGAAAUUCCGCCCUCAGUUCCGGUGACACUUUGGACCAUGGUGCUGGUGGCGAUGUCAGCACCUUUGAAGUUAAGUUAGGCGAUGAUAAAGAAGGAGAAAUAGGAGAAGAUAGGGAAGAAGAAGCUGAUGAAGAAGGAGGGGAAGAAGGAGAAGGAGGAGAGGAAGACAGCGACGGAGAACAAGCAACAACAGACGAUGAACACAGCGAUACUCCGACUCUGCCUACCCAACCCCACAAGAAUCAACGCCUACAAGACCGCACGUCGAGACACGCACCAGACCAUAUAGUCCCAAAAACGCUCCCCAGCUCCAAAGCCAAGUCUGUGCACCUAACAAUCUCUGAUGAUCGAAGCAAAGGUAGCGCUUUCGAGACAGAGCGGCGCGACCUCGUUGCAUUAGAGCGGCGUGAGCUUAGGAAGAAUACUGGCUUGCUUCAGGCACCAAGCGACACCAACCCAGAGCCGGCACCGCCGCACGGUAAUGCCAUAGGCGUGACCACUAAUGACACCCAUAUAAAUUUCUCUGCAGAGGGCGUAUCACGUCGCCUCAUGAUGCUAACAAGGAGCCCAGAAGAAACAACUAGUUCAUAUCCAAAAAGACGCCGUCAUAGUCCUCGAAGUAUCACCAAUGAGGGAAGCCCAAUUUCCUCCCUUCCAGGCAGCAGCGAGGCCGCAGUUCCUCGAAUGAUCGAUGCUAACAUUCUAGGGCUUCCCGAGGACGCAACAACGAGUCCCGGGGCAUUUCAAGCUUAUCUGGCUAAUUUGGUCCGGUGUAGUCAACUGACCUUCGAGCCAGCGUCCCGGAAGAAAAUCAUUCAUCACAUAGGAGACGGUGGCAAAGGCCCCUACUACUUUGAUCACCCUCAGUGGGUCUUUGGGGAUGGCGAGUCGAAAGCGUUGAAGAGCAACAUGCCCGUGCGUAGCAUUGAUGCAUACCUAGAAAGACGCCCGGAAAUUGGGUUUGUCGUGUUUCGACAUUACAACCCAUCGACUAUGAAGGCGCCUGAGGUCACAGACGAUGAAGAGGGUUCUCUAUCGCCAAUCGGGCACACGUCCGAGCAUAUCGAAACAAGAACGCCCAAUCUAGUGGCCGCUUUCAAGAAGCUCAGCAAGUUCGGUUCAAACAACUUCAAGGUUGAGCAUGGUACUGUAAUUGCGGAUUCGAUCAGCCUGAGCUCCCCAUAUCUUGCUAUUUUCCACAGCCGGGAAAUUCUAGCUGAAUUCUUGGCAACACUGCCUAGCAACGAGAGGGCCUCGCUUCAACUGCUGCUUGAGUACAUCCUGUGCGAGCUCAAUAAUGAGUACGAGUCUGUUGAUAAGCUGCUUGGGAAGGGAACCAUCACAAGUUCUUCCAUUGAGUAUCUUUUCAAGCCUGGUGAUCUACUCUUGAAGGGGAAAGGCAACGAUAUUUGCGGUUAUCUCGCCACGUCUUGGCUUGAUCACUCAACUCGUCCCUUGAAAGAAACGGCGGAGAUGAAGAGAAAGAGCUGCUGGUCCAUCGUUUGCGAGCAUUGGGACUUUGACGGAGUCUUCUCUCAUCGCAAAACGAUUUUGCAAUUUUCACUCGAUUCCGACCAAUCCUCCGAGCUCAAAAUCGAUGAGUUAGAUGUGAAGCCUUUGAGGUCCGGCGACCAGGCUACUGAAACUCUGCGCCGUAGAGGUGAGAUGUUCUGGAAGUGUCGUUUCAGACAUUUUGUCUCGUACCUCGAGGAUCCGACCCGAGACUCCUCGGGUGAAGAACGCUUCAUGAUAGAUCUUGGCAUGUACCGUGAGCUGCACAAGAGAGAGUCUCAUGAUAAGUCACUGGGGGAAAAGGAGGUCUCAGAUGACCUAGGGCCUCAACGUAUGAAGAGUGAGUCACCUCCCGACGAGGAAUUCCUCUACCUACUACCCCGGACGAUCAAGGGGUACAGCCUCAAGAGGAAAAAGUGGCUCGAUCUGGAGGUUGAUAAAAUCUCCGAGGUCGCCUGGAACAAGGAUGCCUUUGAGAAUCUCGUGCUAGAGAGAAAGACAAAACGACUUCUCCAAGCUUUGGUUAGUAACCAUCUCGAGGCUGAGAGAGGGACUGAUUUGAUCUAUGGCAAGGGGAAUGGCCUCAUCCUUCUCCUUCACGGAGGUCAAGGAACGGGUAAAACACUCACUGCAGAAAGUGUCGCCGAAAUUGCCGAGAAGCCUCUCUACCCGGUCACCUGCGGCGAUAUUGGAACAGAGUCAGAGAUGGUCGAGACGUACCUGGAAUCCGUCCUCCACUUGGGGAAGACAUGGGGCUGUGUCGUUCUAUUAGACGAAGCCGAUGUGUUCUUGGAACAGCGGAGUCUCGAGGACCUGCAGCGCAAUGCUCUAGUCUCGGUCUUCCUCCGUACCUUGGAGUACUACGAUGGCAUCCUCAUCCUUACGAGCAACCGCGUCGACACAUUCGACGAGGCGUUCAAGUCGCGUAUUCAACUGGCUCUUCACUAUCCCAACCUGGAGACACACCACCGCAUAAAGAUCUGGGAGAACUUUAUACGCCGACUACAGAGUUUGAAGGAGAACAUUGACUUUAGCGACUUGAUCAGCCAUGUCCCGCAACUUGCGAACCACGAAAUGAAUGGGAGGGAGAUACGCAACGUAAUCACAACGGCUCGAAAGUACGCCAUGUGGGAAAAGGAGCGGCUGGACUUCGAGAUCCUGGAGGAUAUAAUUCAGACCACGGGUCGUUUCAACGCUUACAUCAAGAAAUUGCAUGGCAACCACACGCAAGACGAACUAGCGGAGGAGGAUGGGUUGAGGUUGCAGAGGUUAUGA